AGAGGGGAAGUUCACAUUCACAGCGCAAAUACAUAGAGAGCCAGUCAACCACCCAAAGCCACAUUUAGAAAAGAGAGAGAACAAGAGAGAGACAUGCAUAUCAGACUGAAGAGUAGAUGAUCAUUGAGCUGUUGUAGCUGUUUGAACAGAUGUUUAGAGCGUUAAAGUGAGUUUGGGUUUUGAGCGUUCAUGUGGAAAGGGACGUGAACUGAGUAUUAUUGUUGGAUAUGAUGCUGAACUGACAUUAAAACAUGGAUUGGACCUCAUGGAUUUGUUUUCUAGUCUGCUGGAUCCCAGGAUUGAUAGCAGGUGAGCAGAAGGAAUUAAAUCUGACGUUCGACAUAUGGGAGGGAAAUGUAACAGUGCUGUGGGAUCCCCCUAAUGGGGCCCCUGUACCUGCCUUUUAUCAAGUAAAACUAGCACUAGAUAUUGGUCCUGAUGCUGAAUGGGACAUUGUGCCAGAAUGUAACAUGACUACAGAAACUAAAUGUGAUCUUGGGAACUUUAUAUUCAAACCGACAAUGAAAGUAAAAAUUGAACUGUUAAGUGGAAAUGGUGAAUCUUCCUGGUUGGUGAUAAGAAGGAUUCGUUUAGAUGAUAUUAAGCUGUUGCCUCCAGACUUUGACCUGUUCUCCGGGCCAAAUACGAUGAAGGUUAAGAUUCACAGAAAGCCAUUUCUCAAAGAGCUUUUUCAAUAUGGACUAAGUUACUCUGCCAUUCUGUAUCCGAGAGGACAGGAGAGUAAGGCUAAAACAUUGAGCGAUGAUGAUGAUGAAGAUGGUGAAGUGGAAUUUACUGAUUUAUCAUAUUGGCAAGCGUAUUGUGUCCGUGUGAGAUUGGAGAUCACAUCUAAUGCAGUGAGCAAUACCUCAUUGCCACGCUGCAUACAUCCACCCACAGAUUUGUCAGUGGUGAUCUCCAUCGGAGUUAUUGGUGUAGUCGGAGUCAUAACUUUAUUCAUGUUAUUAGUCUGUUUCUUCCUGAGGCGUCCUGGUAAAAUGCCUGCUGUUCUGAAAUUGGCUGUGAAUGGAUGGCUCCCAAUGAAUGUAGGACAAACUGAAGUGGAAUCAGUCACUCAGAAGGGAUGGCUACUGAACAGCACUAAAAUGGCAGAAAAGACCAAAUCAUUCGAUGAAAUAGAGGAGCUUUCUGAGGAUGAAAAAGAGAGAAGGGAAAGCACUGACAGCGGCGUAAGCAUCGGCCAGCAGGACUCGAUCAAAAACAGACCCCUAAGAGAGGAAGACAGCGGCUGUGGGAGUCUGACAGGAACCGAGGACAGCCUCAGCGGUGGAAGAAGAAGCCUUGAGGAGCUUCCUUUCCUGGAUGGAGGAGGAAACAGCAGUACUGUUGAAAGAACAAGAGAGGACAGUGGAUUGGGAAUUCAAACCCAAGAUAUUUCUGACAAACCCAAGCCUAUGCAUGAUGAUCUCUUAUCUGAGAUUGUAGUAAUUGGGGAUGGGUAUCGUAGUCAGAGUCCUUCAGCUGAGGAUGAAACCGAAACAACCAUUCAAUGUGAUGAAGACGCUAAUGUGGUUAGUCACACCAAUGGCUAUCGAUCUGGUCAAGUCACAUGCUUGUGUUCUGACUCCGAAACUUGCAUGUGGUGCAAAACCAGGAAGCUCCUAACAGACUUUGAUUCAUUUUCUCACGAACAAACUGGUAAUGACAACGAUAGACCAAGAUAUUUAAAAAAAUCUCCUUUAGAGACUGUGAAUAUAUUAGGACUGGACGAUCUGUCCUGCCAUUCAGACAAAACAGAGGAGUCGUCACUUUUCAUUACAUGUCCACUACUUUUAAAAGAGCCUUACAAGACGGACACUUUGCCUUUUACAUUAGGAGACGUAGAGCUGACAUUUACGUGAGACUUUUUCAGGUUGAACUAGGUUAUUAUUAUGCUGUUUGCUCUAGCAGUUAUUUAUUUAGAAAGAUGGCAGAGAUGUGCUACAUAUGCUGGGCCCUCAAAUGAAGAAUCAGCUUCUGUCACUUCCUUCAUGCGUCAGGCCAGCGUUUUUGGUUAAAUGCUGAGAAGAGACAAGAUAUGGAGAGUGUGAAAUCAUCAGGAUAUGAUGACGCUCACAGUUAUUCUGGCUGACAGAUUGCAAUAUAAUUCUGAAUUGUGUUACAGACUUGUAUUGAUCAUUUGCGAAUUUGCACAUGUAUUGUAAAUAUUCACUGUACAUGUUAUAUAUGUACAGACAUUUUUUGAUGUUCUGAAUUUCAUUGCUGAAUGUAAUGGAAUGUGAUAUUAAUAUGAAUAAUGAUGGCAUCGAAGUCAAUCU